UAGAAGCACGGGCUGGAUUGCUUGUUGUUGCAUUGUCAUUUAUAAAGGGUAAAAAACAGCGGGCUGGGAAAUGGCGAAAACGUACGACUAUCUCUUUAAACUCUUGCUCAUAGGAGACAGUGGUGUGGGCAAGACAUGUCUCCUUUUCAGGUUCAGCGAAGACGCCUUCAACACCACCUUUAUAUCUACAAUAGGGAUUGAUUUCAAAAUCAGAACAAUAGAGCUGAAUGGGAAGAAGAUUAAGCUCCAGAUCUGGGACACAGCGGGGCAAGAGAGGUUCAGGACCAUCACCACAGCCUACUACAGGGGAGCAAUGGGCAUAUUGCUUGUGUAUGACAUCACAAACGAGAAGUCCUUUGAUAACAUCAAGAACUGGAUCCGUAAUAUCGAGGAGCAUGCCUCGUCAGAUGUGGAAAGGAUGAUCCUGGGGAACAAGUGUGACAUGAAUGACAAGAGACAGGUGUCCAAAGAGAAAGGAGAAAAGUUAGCAAUAGAUUAUGGGAUCAAGUUCUUGGAAACUAGUGCAAAGUCCAGCAUAAAUGUAGAGGAGGCCUUUUUCACACUUGCCAGGGACAUUUUGGCCAGACUCAACAGAAAGAUGAACGACACCACUCCACCAGGGGGAGGAGGGCCUGUCAAAAUCACAGAGAACCGGUCCAAGAAGAGCUUUUUCCGAUGUAUGCUGCUGUAAGGGACCCC